AUGGCGCAUUCUAUUCAAAAAAAUCAUAACACGAUCGAAAAGAAAUUUAAUGUAAAAAUCUUUGACCGUGAACCAAGCCCACAAGAUCGGUGGCAAGGUUAUCAUAUUACAUUACAUUGCAAGGGAGUAAUAUCAUUUUUAAAAUGUAUUCCGGAAUCAAUUGCUACGAGACUUCAUGAAGUUGUACCGGACCCAAUUGACGGUGGAAUUGAAAAUCAUGUUGUAACGGUUCAUGAUCAUUUAGGAAAUGUAUUAUUUAAAACUCCAGGAUAUCAAGUUAAGAAUGUUUAUGAAUUAGGUAUUGACGUGCAAUGGGAUAAGAAAUGUGUUGGAUACCAUGAAAAUGAGGAAGGAGUUUGGGUUAUCUUUGAAGAUGGUACGAGAGGGAGAGGAGAUUUCUUGGUCGGCGCGGACGGAAUUCAUUCUGCAAAUGUCGCUACAAAUAAAGAACUUUUCGAUCGAAUAUUAUCAAUCACCGGAAAUAGUCUUCUACAAGUUUCGAUGGGUCCGAAAGGAGAUUGUACAUUCUUAAUUUUUCGUUCAAUUCCCAUAGAUUCGUCUAAUGCGAUUAAUGAAUUCAAAAGUUCAUUGAUUUAUAUAUAUCUUGGUGGAAAG